UGACGUUUCAAGGCGUCAACCUUGUUGUAGCUUCCUGUUUGGGUUGCAAGCUGACGGGAGCUAGCUUGAUUUACAAUUGAUUGUAUACAGCCCCUACAUCGUACAAGUAAAGAAGGCAUCGGUUUAAAAAUGUCAGAAACUGGAAGUCGGCUGCGAAAGCAGUUGGAAUCUGCUAAUUUUGAUCCGCAGAACUACGUCAAGCAGCUGUCACAGCAAUCAGAUGGCGACAGGGAUUUGCAGGAACAUCGUCAAAAAAUACAGACAUUGGCCGAUGAAACGGCGCAAAACCUGAAGAAAAAUGUCUAUAAGAAUUACAGGCAGUUUAUUGAGACGGCCAAAGAAAUCUCCUACUUGGAGAGUGAGAUGUACCAGCUCAGUCAUAUUCUUACAGAGCAGAAGAGCAUAAUGGAGAGCAUCACACAGGCCUUGUUGUCAACAGACAAGGAUGAAACUUCAAAAGAGAUGCUAGCCGCCUUCCCAAAGGAAACAGAAGAAGUAAAGCAGAGGACUCUGACGUCACUACUAGAGAAAGUCGAGGGGGGUAAGAACAUCAUGGACACCCCGGGAAGGCACUUGGUGUACAAUGGGGACCUUGCUGAAUUUGAUGUUGAAAACAUGAACCCAGUCCAGAGAGUGCAUGCUUUUCUAAUGAACGACUGCCUGCUUAUUGCCACCUGGCUGCCCAAUCGCAGGGGUACGGUGAAGUAUAAAUACAACGCCCUGUAUGAUUUGGAGAGCUUUGCUGUGGUCAACGUGAAGGAGCACCCGCCCAUGAAGGACAUGUUUAAGAUCCUCAUGUUCCCAGACAGCCGCAUCUUCCAGGCGGAAAACAGCAAAGUAAAAAAAGAAUGGCUGGAGAUUCUGGACGAAACCAAGAAGAACAAAGUCACCAAGGACAAACGCAAGAAGGAGGAGGAGAUGCCCAGCUCCCCACAGCGACCUGAGGUGUCAACCAACCCCUUCGACGACGAGGAGGAAGACCUGCCCGCCGACUCGGGAGGUGCCGUGGUGGACCUGGGCAUGGAGUGGAUCCAGGAGCUUCCGGAAGACCUUGAUGUGUGCAUUGCUCAGCGGGACUUUGAGGGCGCCGUGGACCUGCUGGACAAACUGAACGAGUACCUCCGCGACCAACCCGUCACACAGAGCGUCAAGGAGCUCAGGGGCAAGGUGGAGGAGCGCGUACGUCAGCUGACGGAGGUGCUGGUGUUUGAGCUGUCCCCGGACCGGUCGCUCCGUGGCGGACCCAAGGCCACCCGCCGGGCCGUGUCCCAGCUGGUCAGACUAGGCCAAUCCACCAAGGCUUGCGAGCUGUUCCUGAAGAACCGCGCGGCGGCCGUGCAGACGGCCAUACGCCAGCUGCGCAUCGAGGGCGCCACCCUGCUCUACAUCCACAAGCUGUGCAACAUCUUCUUCACCAGCCUGCUGGAGACCGCCAAGGAGUUUGAGAUGGACUUCGCCGGAAACACGGGCUGCUACUCAGCUUUCGUGGUCUGGUCCCGCUCGGCCAUGAGAAUGUUCGUCAGUGCCUUCAGCAAGCAGGUGUUUGACAGCCAGGAGAGCCUGACGACAGCGGCGGAGUGCGUGAAGGUGGCCAAGGAGCACUGCAAGCAACUGAGCGACAUUGGCCUGGACCUGAGCUUCACGCUGCAGUCCAUGCUGGUAAAGGACGUCAAGACGGCCCUGCUCAGCUACAAGGACAUCAUCAUCGAGGCCACCAAGCACCGCAACUCUGAGGAGAUGUGGCGGCGUAUGAACCUCAUGACCCCAGAGGCCCUGGCCAAACUAAAGGAGGAGAUGCGCGUCAGUGGCAUCGGCGACUUUGAGCAGUACACGGGCGACGACUGCUGGGUGAACCUGAGCUACACGGUGGUGAGCUUCACCAAGCAGAUGAUGGGCUUCCUGGAGGAGGGCCUGAAGCUGUACGUGGCCGAGCUGCACAUGGUGCUGCUGGAGAGCCUGCGGGAGAUCAUCCUGGUGGCGGUGCAGCACGUGGACUACAGCCUGCGCUGCGAGCAGGACGGCGAGAAGAAGGCCUUCGUGGUGCACAACGCCUCCUUCCUGCACGACACGGUGCUGCCCGUGGUGGAGCUGCGCUUCGAGGAGGCCGUGGGCAAGCCCGCCAAGCAGCUGCAGGACCUGAGGAAGAGCACCCGCUCGCUGAAGGUGAACCCCGAGAGCACCACCUCGCUGGUGUAGGAGGGCCCCUCUGUCCGGCGCUCCCGGGGCCGGCGAGGCCCUUAGAUAAAAAAUAUAGCCCCUUAUGAUUACUUUGAAAAUAUUUACGUGCACACUAAUACAGACCAUAAUGCCGAAAGCCGUUGCUGCCAGAAGAACCACAUGUAAAGUGCACAUUUCAGAACAUUAAUGUAAAGAUCAACACAAUGGGAAAGAGUGCUGGCGAGGUGUCAUUAUUUUAAAUGCUAUGUUUGUCGAUGUUUGUUCGAGUCAUUGUUGAGCUGGAUUAGAGAAAAAGAACCUGAAUGAUUUAUUUUCCCCUUGUAUAGUUUUGUAAUCCUUUACUUUUAAUGCUUUUAUGAUGGGGUUUUGUGUAUAUUAUGUGGUCUCACAUGUAUCCACUGGAGGUAUACAGUACUAACAAUUUAACUGGGCUUUAAAUUUCACCUCAUUGUAUUGAAGCCUUAAACAAAAUAUGUGACAGAUUAAAAAAAGGGAUGAUUGGUUUAAAAUGCCAUUGCACUGUUGCAGAGCUGUAGAGUAAAAGUAUCACUGUCUACGUUGCCAGAUAUUGAUUGUAGCACAUUCAAUUAAAAUACUAUCAAUAUGCACAGCCAAAUGUGUCAUCCAUCUCCCCACUCAGUUCUCAACCAUGCUUUUUUGUAUAUAUAUAUAUAUAUAUAUAUAUAUAUAUAUAUUUGUUUAAUCCACCACUUUCCAUUUCCAUCACGUAACGGUUUGAUCAUUUUUGUUGUUGGUUAGAUUGUUCAAUAGCAAUAUCUACGCUGACCAGGUACAAAGGGACAAGGACAGAGGUAAACACACAUUGUUUUAGACUCUAUUUUAAAAAAACCAACUCAAACUUUGGAAGUCCAAAUCGUACAAAUAUUAAAAUUUCCUUGGGCCAAGUCUACCACUUAUGUUUGAAUGGUUUUAUUCAUUUACUUAAUGGAACUAGUGCCCUCUAGUGGAAGCAAUGCAUGUAAGGAAAAGAAAGCUCAAAUCCAAUCUGUAUUUUCUCACAUUUUCAUAAAUGUUUUCAAGUCAUGUAUGACGAACAGUUAAUUAUUAUGCAUUUUAUUAAACCUAAUAUGAGACCGAAGUUAAUAUUCAGCCCGAAUAUCAAAGCUGUGAUUCAUAUUUUUGAAACAUGAAAACAGUUGGCUCCCCAUCUAAAAGAAUAUGGCCAUUGCAGAAUUGAUGUGUCAUCGCAUGGACUUGGAUAUUUUUAGAUUAUGAGCAUUCUGCAGGCCUUAAUGAUCACAUUCUCCUCUUCACAGCCUACGGCUCAGGAUGAACCAAAUUAGUCAUCCAGUCAUCCCUUCAUUCAAAUCAGUGUGAAGGGAGAUUCACAUAAUUAAUAUUAACUGGUAGUUCUUCGUCGACAGUUCAUCCAGGAAUAGUAUUAUCAGCUUGUAAUGCAAUGUAGUUGUGUGUGUGUGUGUGUUUGUGUGUGUUUAUAGCCAUGUAUUAGCCUUUGGCCUGUUGUCUUGUGAUAUCUUGAAGGGAGAAGGAGAGGAAGCUGUCCUAUGGGGGGCAUGGAGGCCCUUUGUGAGGGAGCCAG